CAAUUGUGCGUGUGGUUCAUUUAUAAAAAAGAAAAAAAGAAGAAAAAAAGAAGAAGCUUGCAACAUUUUCUAUCAUGUAUUGCAAUGCAUUUUUAGCUUGAUCACAUCUGCACCUCAAGAGCCAAGACAUGUUAGAUAGCUAGGGCAAAAUCUUGUACAUCACUGAUGUGUCAUGACACUUUCACAUCUUGGGUGUGGGGAUAAACAGUUAAACAAAACCUUGCAAUGCAUUUUUCUCUGAUGGCGUGGGGACUGAAAUGCUACUGGAGCUACUAGGAAAAACUGAAACGUACCGAGAUCAAUGUGCUGAAAUUCUGAAAGGUCCCAUAUGUUUAGAGAGUAUUGAGAUGGUUCUUCAAGAAAUGGACAGUUUCACUGUCAUUUUCCCAGAGUUCAAACUUCUGAGGGAAUAUCAUAUGCAAGCUAGUUCUUGGAUAUCCCGCUUCAACCGUUUGCGGGUGAACAUUGGCGAAAGAGUUGAUCAAGACAAUGUCGUAGAGGAGUUGACCAACAUACUAAAAGAUGCAGUGUCUCUGAAAAUUCAAGUGUUUGUUUCCAUUUCCAGUUAG